UGGACUCCGGAAGGGUCCAGCGGGCGGGGUGCCCUGUCGGCGGCUGGUGAUGUCACACUGCUCUGUGACAUGUAAGGCUCCGUAGUGACUGAAAACCAACAGCAGAGGUCGAGGGGAGAGGAGAUUGGGUUUGGCCUGGUGCCCCGGCCCCGCAGGCCAGCCCCGCUCCGGUCCGACUGGUUACCUUUGGACAGUGUGGAGGCUGUGUCCUGCAGAGUCUGCCAUCAUGAACAUAUUUGAUCGGAAGAUCAAUUUUGAUGCACUCUUAAAAUUUUCCCACAUAACUCCCUCAACGCAGCAGCACCUGAAGAAGGUUUAUGCCAGUUUUGCUCUCUGUAUGUUUGUGGCAGCUGCGGGGGCCUACGUCCAUGUGGUCACUCAUUUCCUUCAGGCUGGCCUGCUCUCUGCAUUGGGCUCCCUGGGCUUGAUGCUUUGGCUGAUGGCAAUACCUCAUAGCCAUGAAACUGAGAAAAAGAGGCUGGGGCUUCUUGCUGGAUUUGCUUUCCUUACAGGAGUUGGCCUGGGCCCUGCUCUGGAGCUGUGCAUUGCCAUCAACCCCAGCAUCCUGCCCACUGCCUUCAUGGGCACAGCAAUGAUCUUCACCUGCUUCACACUGAGUGCGCUCUACGCCAGGCGCCGUAGCUACCUCUUUCUGGGAGGUAUCUUGAUGUCAGCCAUGAGCCUGAUGCUCUUGUCUUCCUUGGGGAACCUUUUCUUUGGAUCCAUUUGGCUUUUCCAGGCAAACCUGUAUUUGGGACUGGUGGUGAUGUGUGGCUUUGUCCUUUUUGAUACCCAACUCAUUAUUGAAAAGGCUGAAAAUGGAGAUAAGGAUUAUAUCUGGCACUGCGUCGACCUCUUCCUGGAUUUUGUUACCCUCUUCAGAAAACUCAUGAUGAUCCUGGCUAUGAAUGAGAAGGAUAAGAAGAAGGAGAAGAAAUGAAAGACCAUCGAGCCUUCCCCUGUUUCACUUCCCUCCACCCCUCAUUUCCUCUUUGCACACAUUACAGGUGGCGUGUUCUGUGAUAAUGAAAGCAUCAGAAAAGCUUUUGUACUCUGUGGUUUUCUCUAUUUUGAAUUUUUUGAUCAAAAAACUGAUUAGCAGAAUAUAGUUUGGAGUUUGGCUUCACAUUCCUGGGGGUUGUCCCCAAUCUCUUCCUCUCGGCCCGGCCCCUUCCUCCGCCCAGGCAGCCAGCGCAGAGGGAGCAAACUUGGGAGUCUGCCACCUCGCGGCGUCGCCAGGUGCGUCGCAACUGUUCGGUGGAGCUGCCUUGCCUGCCCUGGAAAAGAAGUUUGCUGGUGGGCCUGAGCUGUGUCCACCCUGCAGAGGAAAUGAAGCGCCUCUUCGCUGGUGGCGACUUAGCUGCCCAGGCCUGGCAGCCCCGCCUGGCUGCUGGGAAAGGAAAGUGAGUGCGAGUCUCCCGUCCAUCUCUUUUCUGGCCCCCACGAAUCUGCCUUCUUUCCGUCCAUUGGUGGGAAGACCUUUCUUGUUGUAUGGCAACCAUAGAGCCCCCAAAUUUCCCUGAUCUUUUUUUUUGCCAGUUGGUUAUCACCUCAGUUACUGAGUGGCCUCCACCAGGUGACUGUAAACCAGAGGUUCCAGAAAGGAGAGGAAGGCGAAACUAACUUAUCCUGCCAGACAGCCCCCGAUAAGGACUUGUUUGGGGGGCGGAGAGCUGACCGGCAGCAGCCCACCAGUUCUUUGGUGCGGUUCUGUCCCGUCCCACCUUGACACAGAAGUAUCAAUCAAGCCAGAGACUCGGGGCAGUAGCCCGAUGUGUAUUUUCCACAUGUGCUUCAGUUUUUGGUCUCUUCACCUGUUUAACAGAAUUCUACAACCUUCCAGGUGAGACCCAGGUGACUAAACCUGCAGUAUCCAACACCCCCUGCAGUUUUGUGGUUGCAAGUUGUGGGCACACGGUACCUUGGGGGGCUCAGCUCCUCCCCUGCGCAUGGCCGCCUCGCCCAGGGCUGCUGGCGCACACCACAGUGCCUGUUCCUGAGCUGUGUGUGUUCCCGGGGGACAGGUCCCCCAAGAUGGUUUCCGCAUGCUACUGCUGCCUCCAGCCUCUGGCUUGAGAACUUAGUGAAGCGACUUCCUUCUCAUUGGCCCCCAAUAGCAACUCGCAGUCUAUCAAGUUGGUUGAUUCUCUGCUAGGUCUGAGAGGCUGAAUUCUCUCUUGAAGCCAAACUCCACCUCUUGUGCUUUUUUGCUUGGGAUAAAGGAAUUUUUCUUUAGAAACAGUGCCAAGAAUGACAAGAUAUAAAAAACUACUUUUAAAGAAAAUGCCUAACAGGUUUUUAAUACAGUAAUCACUGUAAUUAUCACUUUCUUUUCUAGUUCCUUGGUUUUCAGCUCAGGCUGCAUUCUCUAACUCAUACUGUGAAGACAAAGGUGUUUUUGAUUCAGAAAUAUAUGAAAUCUACAUAGUCUUAAUUUGUAAAAAAUAAAGAAAAAUCCUUAACCUUU